AUGUCGCACGAAUCAAUCUGGUACUCGCGCCCGCGCACCUACGGAAAGGGCAGCCGCUCCUGCCGUGUCUGCACCCACAGCGCUGGUCUCAUCCGAAAGUACGGCCUCAACAUCUGCCGUCAGUGCUUCCGCGAGAAGAGCGCUGACAUCGGCUUCAAGAAGCACCGAUGAACGCUUACUCCACAACGAAUCGAAAAGCUUGAAGCGAGGAUGAGGGAAUCAGGAAAACCCGGGGCUAGCUCGAGAGCACAAUGAUGGACAAUACGGCUACUCGGACGGACGAUGGAGGGUAAUGGUAGAAUCGGUGGAAGGCAGGCAUUGAAGGCGACUUGAUGCAGGCAAGGAAUGUGUUAUACCAUGUGCACUACAUGCACGAAGUGCGCCCGAAUUCUACCAUCUUUCUUCUCGCACCGCUCGCGGCUCUUUUUUAUGUGUGCUGUUUCACCAGGACUCCAGGCUUACCGACCGGGAACAAGAUGAGUACAACCGCGAUUUACAUACAGGUCGACAUACAAUUACCCCAUGGACCAGGUGUUAUGCAACUAACUACAAGCCUCAGGUGGAGAACUAACCGGCCGCUCCAGAUGCUAGGUGGAGUGAUUGUCCAUCAAGGUAUGCCAACAGGGUACUGAAUGUGCGGCCAUUCACACCAGCCCAGGAAGUCAAGUUCGUCUGGGGUGCAGACUGUAACUCUCGGAAAUUCCACCGAUGUGUCGAUAAGAAGGCAGCGUGAUCGGACAAUGUACUGGAUUAUUCACACCUUGCACUACCUAUGACUCUUCAUCCCGUUCAUACUUUAACAACU